AUGAACACCAACGUCCUCGCCACCAGAUUGCAGUCCUUGUUGCAGAAGGCGAAGGAGGUGAGCGACGAGGAGAAGUUGUACAGGUACAACGGGGUGUUGUACCCGCGCCUCAUGUGCCUGGAGGACCACCUCAAGGCUCUGGAGAACAUGGAGGCCCGAGAGGACGACGUCAUGCUGGUGGCUUAUCCCAAAUGUGGUUUUAACUGGAUGGUAGGCGUGGUGAGGGAGAUCAUCACAGAGGCCACAGGGAUGAAAACAGAAUCAAAGAUGCCGCCGCUGAUCGAGUUUUUUGGACCGGAUAUCUUCGAGGUCAUGCGUAACACUCCCUCCCCGAGGUUUCUGGGGACUCACUUGCACCCCGACAACAUCCCGGCCUCCUUCCACGCGAAGAAAACGAAAAUUGUGGUGAUCUUCAGGAACCCGAAAGACACUCUGGUGUCCUUCUAUCAUUUCUCCAACAACAACCCGGUCCUCCCAUCCGUGCAGUCCUGGGAAUCGUUCUACUCCCACUUUAUGAGUGGUGUGGUUCUCUGGGGUUCAUACUUUGAUCACGCUCUGGCCUGGGAGGAGAGGAUGGAGGACCCCAACGUCCUGAUAGUCACCUAUGAAGAGCUGAAGCAGGACUUGAGCGAGGGCGUCUGUCAGAUCUCCACCUUCUUUGGCUUCGGCCUGACGGAGGCUCAGGUGCAGCAGGUCGCAGAGGGGAGCACCUUCACCGCCAUGAAUGAGAGCUCCGCCAGCUCCCACGGGGCUCUGGGGAACGUGGUCUUCAGAAAAGGUGAGGUCGGGGACUGGAGGAACCACUUCACACCAGAACAGAGCAAAGAAAUGGACGACGCCUUCAACAAACACCUAGCAGGAACCAGGCUGGGAGCCAAACUCAACUACCAACUGCACUGUCAGUAGGAAGCAAAAGAAGAAGACAAGAAGUGGAAAGAGGGAGCAAGGAUAUAGAAGAAGGGCUUGUGGGACAUUUCUGCCCUGAGCUGAGUCUGACAGACCUCCCUCUCAGUGACUGCACAGAUGCUUCUCCCUCUGGUUGGAGGUUCUUUGGAGGCAGUACCGCUUCAGAGAAGGAAUAAAUAAAAUGAAGAAAGAGUCGGAGCAAAAAGGGAAGAAGGGCUUGUUUUUAAGAGUAAGCAGGAGGUCAGGAAAUCUGAAUUCAUCAAUGAACUGAAAUGUAGUUCAAGUUUCAUUAUUUAUACACAAGUUGACUCAAACAUAGUGGAAAUAAGACAGCAAGGCCCAUCAUUAGUCACGCCCCUCCAAAGUGGGGGAGAACCACUGAUGUACAUGAUCAAAGUAAUGAAAUUAAAAUAAAAAAAUAUUGUCCAGAUU